UAACCGUACCGAUCGCUUGGAUCGUUGCUGCCGCUGCGACAGCUGACCGCACAUACGAAUACGCGUACGCACGGAGCGUACUGUGUAGUCAAUUGACGAUUAGUCUUAGUUUCGGUUAACCAUCAUUGUGUCCGUCGUUGUCACUGUUCAAAAAAUAUUUAGACAAUAUUUAUAGUCUCCAAAGUUUGAUAUGGACGGACAGAGACGCAAAUUUGUGAUCGAAACGGAGAAAAGUCGUUCAUCUCCACGUGUUAGCAAGAAGAUCUUGGAUCGUUCAAGUUAUUUGGAGAAAUACGGAACCAACCUUUUUAUUAAAAUGGAGAAAGCUAGUGAUAUUCCAUGUCCUGACGAGAAGAUCUACCAGGAGGAAUUAUAUGAUUCAAGUGAUAGCUUUAGUUUUACUGAUUCGGAAGACGAGUACAAAAUUGCUAAAGAAGAGGAAGAGCCCAGCUAUCUUCAAAAAAUAAUUGGGCAUAUCACUGAUUAUUUUGAAAAGGACGAAGUAGAGGAAAUUAAACCUAGAUAUAAUACUUUUGCAAUAAGAGAUAUAAAUGAAUGGCGCAGUUUACCUAAAGAAAAUUCUGAAUUCAAAAUAAGAUCAGUUAGAGACCUCAUAGAUCGUUGGUAUUUUAAGUCUCUGGCAAAAGACUUAGCAAAUAUACAACCUGAACUUUUGAAAAUGGACACAAAAAUACGCUGUUUAAAUUACAUUCGUUACGCUCUACUGUCAGAUUAUGAAAAAUCCAUUAUCGCAGAUGAAGACGAGGCUUUUAAAACUUUGGUUAAGCUAAAUAUUUAGAGUUUAUUAUAUCAAUAAAACAUUGAUAUGUUAAUAAUAAUGAUAAUACUAUAAAAGUAAAGGUUAUAAUAACGAUGUGUGUAUUUUCUUUUCUAAUUAUGGAUAUUAAAAUAUUAUAGCAUUUUUUUUUUUAUUAUUACCUAUUUAUUUUAUAGUAAGAUAUUCCUAGCUUGCAUUAUCUAUACCUAGAGAUAUUAGAAAUAAUAGUACAUAUUUUGGCUUGUUAAGUGCGAUAGAUAAGUUAAGUUAACAUUUUAGCUUAAGUGAUAGUAACUAAUAGUUUGAUAAAACAUUAUAACAAUAUAACAUUAAAACAUUAAAUUAAAAAUUUUAAUAGAUAAUUUUCUUUUUACCAUAGUGCAAUUGUAACUUUUCUUCAGUCUUAAUACUUUUUUGGAAUUGUGUGCUUGUAGGCUGUAGGCAAAAGUUUUGAUAAUAGAAAUUUAAAAAAAAUAUUAUUUGUACUAUUAAUAAAGAAUAUUAUUAAAUA